AUGGUGCACACAGAGGAGGGCACCGAGGGGAACCUGCACUCUGGCCACAUGGUGUACACGACGGCCCUCGUGGAGGAGGUGCCGAAUCUGUGCCAGCUGUGGUCCCGGGGCCAGCAGGUCGUCCUGUUGUACAAGGACGAGGCAUCCAUGAGUCAGCAUGCAGAACUGUGGCCCUGUAUCCCCUACUGGUGGGGGAACCAGGUGAAGCACCUAGACCUCAUCCACUACCUGGAGCACAUGAAGAGCUGCAGCCAGCCAGGCAGGCUGUUCAUGGCCGGCAUCAACCUCACGGAGAACCUGCACUUUGUCCUCAUCCACCCGGCCUGGUCCCUGGCUCCACUACGUUUGUGUAUGGGUGCGGGGCCAGUGCCCGGGGUCAGCUGCCAGCUAUACCAACACCAUCGCAGGCGACUUCAUCUGGGCUGUCGGGUUUGUUGGCGAUGUCAUCAGGUUGAAGCGGACCGACGGCGCGUAUGUGGAGCUCGGCAGCGCAGAGGCUGCGUCUCAGGCACGUCCUGUGAUGUGACAAGCCUGAACCGGAAGCCGCCCCAGGGAUGA